CCAUACUGUAUGGUUUACUAGUAAGGAAAAAAAGGCAAUCAUUCAAGUAUGAAAGAAUCAACGUCAGUGACUGUGAUAACUUAUUGGAUUUAAUUAAUUAGAAUAUCAAAGACAGAUUUUAAUCUCGUGGCAAGGGUUCAAACAUUGGACUUGACUUCAGGCUAUGUCGACAUGGAUGAUUAUAACCGCUGGAUUUUUGGUCCAAGGCAUUGUUUUUAUCAGUAUAUUUGAUAUUUAUUUCACGACACACCUCAUAGGCGGUCAGCAACAGCAUGCUUCCUCACGACCGCCGCCGGCGAAACGUCUAAUAUUCAUAGUUGCUGAUGGACUCAGGGCCGACAAAACCCUUAUGUUACAACCUGAUGGGACGACACCAGCCCCUUAUUUGAGAAAUAUAGCCGAAAAGGAAGGGACAUGGGGUGUGUCUACGGCAGGGAUUCCCACUGCCACAAGACCGGGCCACGUUGCCAUGACGGCAGGAUUUUAUGAAGACCCUACUUCGGUUGCCAAAGAUAUUGGCGGAGGUGCUAUAAACUUUGAUACUAUAUUUCAAGAAACAACUUACACCUGGACCUGGGACACACCGAAAUUUUUGGAAAAAGUAUCAACCGAUCAUCCUGACAGAAUAUUUUCGGAACAAUAUCCCGGUCAAAGAAAAUAUUUAUCCGGUAUUAACCCUAAAGAUAUGGACAGCUGGGUAUUUGAUGAAGUAACGAACUUCCUUAACGGAGCAAAAACGGAUGCUAGUUUGAAGGAGAAAAUGAACAAAGAUAAAGUGUUGUUUUUUCUCCACCUUGGUGGAAUCGAUCACGCCGGCUACAUAGUCAGGCCCAAUUCAAAAGAAUAUCUGACGCACGUUAGUUUUCUGGAUGAAGGUGUGAAAGACAUAGUGGGCAAAUUUGAGGACUUUUUCGGCCAUGACGGCAAGACUGCUUACGUGUUUACAUCAGAUCACGGAAUGACAAACUGGGGAGCACAUGGCGAUGGUAUGCCGGACGAAAUCCACUGCCCGUUACUAGUUUGGGGAGCAGGUAUCCGGAAAGCCCAACCAGAGGAUAAUCUGAAUAGAUAUGAUGAUACGCUCUCCCAAGAAUGGUCAUUGACAAGAUGGAAAAGAGCCAACCUGGAACAGCCAAGUUUAGCACCUCUUAUGGCAGCAACAAUUGGCAUAACAUUUCCAAGAAAUGCAGUCUAUCCUUUCCCCGGUGGAUUCUUUGAUGUUCCUGCAGAAGAUGAGUUUGGAAUUUUGUAUGCCAAUCUUAAACAGCUUCUCGAGAACUAUCAAGCCAUAGAGAAAUAUACUCACAAAGGACCUUUUGCAUUUACUUUUCGAUCAUAUAGACCAUUGGCGCCUUCCAUGAUAAAAUCAUUGCACACGGACAUACAAUCAUUGAAAGAGUCUGGAAACUUUGCCUCAGCCAUCGCUGUCACCAAACAAAAGAUCGACCUAGCUGUCAAGGGCAUACGUCACUAUAAACUAUAUAGUAAAAAUCCAUUGUGGUUGGCAACAUUUAGCAGUAUGAUCGGCUGGUUUUGUUUUUGUGCCUUGGUGUUGAUACAACAACAUGAGAACUGGGAAGAUAUAAGAGUUACCACCCCUGUCAUGACCAACACUAAACAUAUCAUCAUCCAAUGUGCAGUCGCUAUAGCAGUGUUUGACCUAAUUUUCCUCUAUGCACAAUCAACACCUUUGACACAAUGUAUACAUUUCCUACUUCCCAUACCAAUUUGGACAGCAGCAGCAAUCAAGUGGUAUGAAAUAGGCAAUAUAUUUCCAAUCAUAAAACGACAGAAGCAUUUACUUCCGGUAGCAAGCCUGUGUGUUAUAGGUAUUAUAUCCAUAGUUGCUGCGAUGCAUUACCGAUUUAUUCUCGGGCUUGCUAUAGCAAUAUUUUCUAUUAUUUCAAUCUAUGGCAACAAAUCAGAUAUAGACAAGACUCUCAGGAAUCAGUGGUUGUUUUCUUCCAUCGGGCUCGCAGCUCUUGUCGCUAAGCCUUUAGGUGAUCGGGAGCUUCAUUAUAAUUUGGUGAUUUUCAGUGCUGUUUUAUCGACAAUAGCAUGUGCACUCUACCAUUACCAUUUAGAAUUUUCUGCAGUAACCGGGCGCCUAUUUAGACAGUUCGGGAAACGCUAUGCCAUUUUUCAGAUCCUUAAAAUUGCCCUGGCAACCGGCAUUUUGACAUAUUCCUCCUACCUGACAGAAAACAACAUACGGACGCCUCUAAGCGUUCAAAUCCCAAGCUGGAUUAUUUUCUUCAUUUCAUUGUGUGAACCAUUUUUCGUUAACACGGACAUUCAAAGCCGCCUUACAUCCAUGGCAUUCGGUUAUGUAGCCCCGUUUAUUCUUCUCAGCAUCGGGCAGGAGACUCUUUGUUAUAUUUGUCUUGUAUGGAACCACUAUCUUUAUGUCGAAGUUGAGAGAAAUCUGACGAAGUCGCAACCAAUCUUUUUACCAAGGACAUCCAACGACUCAACCAACAGGGUUCCAAAUAAAACAACAACAAAUGGCAAAAGUGCAGCAAACGGUCACGUGAACGUGAAACAUCACAAGCAUACAAAAUCUAACGAUUAUCUCAUGUUUCAGCCGGCUGUAACAGAGUGGCAGAGAAUUGAUUUUACCAAAGCAGUGGAAAACCAAAGUCUGUGUCAACGGGUAUUAACGUCGGGGGAUCUUGGACAAGCACUUUAUUUUAUUUUAUUCGGCAUGGGAAUGGUGUUUGGAACCGGCCAUAUCCCAAACAUAAAUAGUUUUGACGUGCAGGAUGUUUUCUGUUUUAUAACCGUGUCCAAUCCACCAAGAAUGGGACCUCUUAUGAUCUUCAAGCUCAUGAUGCCAGGGAUGGUCGCCGCUUGCUUCCUUCGAGCCAUUAAUGUGAUAACUUUUACUUCAAUUAGAAAUUUCAGUUUGGUGGUAUUCAUGAUGUGUGGAUUUAUGAACAUACUGCUGUUUUGUUUGGUAACAAACACUGGGACGUGGACCGUCAUUGGUCAAUCAGUGAGCCAUUUUCUAAUUGGAGGAGGAAUUUCAAUGUUUAUGUGUCUUUCAUUCGGGACAGUUCAUUUGUUGACGACUAUUAAGAUAUUAUAGGAUAUUACAGAUCAACUUAGAAAUAUCAGGACACCUUAUAAUUAAUUUAUACUGAAACAUUAAAGAAAAAUACUGGAGACACUUACGCAAGCAACUCGGCUUUAGGCUGGGUACCUGGAAAGUAUGAUUUCUUAAAAUGUGAUAAGAGAAAUAACUUUCUGUCGGUGAAUAAAUCGUUCUGUUUUAUCAUAUAUUUUUUGUCAAUUUUGUCACAGUCUAAUUCGACUUUGCUAUCUUGUGAAAUUCGCAAAGUUAUUUCGUUUUACAAUUUUAAAACAUUUUAUUUUCUAAUGUGUGAUAAUGCUUUUGUAGAUUUGGUCGUGCCAUAAUGUCGACAUAAGCUCAAAAUUAUAUUAUUUAUAAACCAGAUUUACAAGUAAUAUAUUAUCAUGUGUUGGUUAUGUAAAUUCUAAAGUUGAUUUACUUGAGGGCGUCUGCGGUAGUAUGCCUAAAGGAGCUACUGUCCAUGAACGUGUUCAUCCAAAACAAGCAAAGUUUCUAAAUAGCAACAUUUAUGUUCAUGCCUUGCUGGGAGAAUGUUUAAUUUCUUGGUUCCACAUUGUACUGAUAUUAAUAAGUUUUGAACCAUAAAAAAUCUCGGCAGAAAUGAAUUUGCUUCAUGUCCAGUUGGAUUAAACAUGUUAAGGAACAGUAGAACUGAUAGGCAUAUCGGUCAAAGGUUACAAAGAAUGUUCUUAAGCUCGAAACUCGGAUCCCGGGUAUUUAAUUGGUCAGAAGACAGCGCUAAUUGUAUAUUGACUAAUGAAAAGUCAGAGAUUUGAAACAGGCCUUAAGAAACGUGGUCGGAGACAUUAAACUUAAAUUUAUAAAAAUGGCCGGGCUUUAUGACAAUUAAACUGGAAAGCUUUUAGGGUAUUGACCCUACUGGGCUGCAUGACAAUCAUUUUAUUAUUAUAAUUAUAAAUUGAUUUGAUAUGCCUAUAAUUAUCUAAAGAUAUAUGAUGCGCCAAUUUGAUUUUUGAAAAUACUGAUAAUUCCUUUACAAUCUAUUUUUCAAUGUAAAAAAGGGACGAUAUGUUACGUUUUUAACUCUACACGCUUUCGGUAAAUACAGUGUCAUUUUAAAAGAAAACUGACAUUUU